CACAAACACACACACACGGAAUCGGGUGGAUCAACGUCUCUUCACUUCCUCCACUUCCUCACUUCCUCUCUUCCUCUCUCCACGGAUCCGCUCGUGUAUUUCCGUGUCCUCACCGACUGAGACCGGAGACUGUUGAAUCUUUCGUGCGUGUUGAAUCUUUCGUGCGUGUUGACGUAUGGUUAAGAAUCCACGGACCCUGAGAUGACCUGAGGACCUGCAGUAACUGAACGUCAGGUGAUGACAGCGGAGCGGCUGGAAGUCACAGACAUGGAGGACGACAGCCGGCCGCUGCUGAGCUCGGGUCAAACAGGAGAGAGCUACUCACACAGAGGCUCCACAGACUCUCUGGACUUCAAGGCCAAAAGGCCGUUCCACGUAGAGCCCCGGAACAUCGUGGGCGAGGACCCUCAGGAGAGAGUCUCUGCUGAAGCUGCCAUCCUCAACAGCAGAGUUCAUUAUUACAGCCGACUGACGGCCUCGUCUGAUAGGCUGCUGAGUCCUCCGAACCAUGUGAUCCCCCGAGCGGAGGAGAUCUACGUCUACAGCCCCCUGGGGACGGCGUUCAAGGUGACGUCCAGCGACUACUCGUCUAAAAACCCCAGCAUCAUCACCAUUUUUGCGAUAUGGAACACGAUGAUGGGAACGUCGAUACUCAGCAUUCCUUGGGGCAUAAAACAGGCCGGCUUCACGCUCGGGAUCCUCAUCCUCAUCUUUCUAGGUCUGCUGAUGCUCUACUGUUGUUACAUCGUCCUCAAGUCACCGAAGUCAAUACCCUACAUAGACACGGCCGACUGGGAAUUCCCCGACGUCUGUCAUUACUACUUUGGAAAGUUCGGACAAUGGUCCAGCUUGGUUUUCUCCAUGGUGUCGCUCAUCGGAGCCAUGGUGGUUUACUGGGUCCUCAUGUCCAACUUCCUGUACAACACGGGACAGUUUAUCUACAAUUCCGCUCACAAUGUCAACACGACAGAUUCCGAGUUUGGAACCAACGGCUCAGAGAGAGUCGUCUGUCCAUUCCCAAACACCGACCCCGGAGGGAACGACACCGUCAGCUCGCUUUACCUCAGCGUCAGUGGAAAUGACACGUCUGACGUCUUUGGACACUGGUGGAGCAAAACCAACACCGUCCCCCUCUACCUCAUCGUCCUGCUGCUGCCGCUGCUCUGCUUCCGCUCAGCCUCCUUCUUCGCAAGGUUCACCUUCCUGGGCACCAUAUCAGUCGUCUACCUGAUCGUGUUGGUCACCAUUAAGACUUCACGCCUUGGGUUCCACCUGAACUUCCACUGGUUUGACACCAGCGAGUUCUACGUUCCAGAGUUCAGGUUGUUGUUUCCUCAGCUCAGUGGCGUCCUCACUUUGGCCUUUUUCAUUCACAACUGUGUCAUCACAUUAAUGAAGAGCAACAAGCACCAGGAGAACAACGUGCGGGACCUGUCUGUGGCGUACCUCCUGGUCGGGCUCACCUACCUCUACGUGGGGGUGUUGAUCUUUGCUUCCUUUCCUUCACCUCCUCUCUCCAAAGACUGCAUCGAGGCAAACUUCUUGGAUAACUACCCCAGCAGCGACGUCAUGGUGUUCGUGGCUCGGAGCUUCCUGCUCUUCCAGAUGAUCACGGUCUACCCCCUGCUGGGAUACCUGGUGCGGGUCCAGAUGAUGGGUCAGAUCUUUGGGAAUCAUUACCCCAGUUUCUUCCACGUUCUGUCUCUGAACAUCUUAAUCGUUGGAGCUGGUGUCCUCAUGGCCAAGUUCUAUCCCAACAUUGGAUCCAUCAUCCGGUUUUCUGGAGCUACAUGCGGCCUGGCUCUGGUGUUCGUCUUCCCUGCGCUGGUCCACAUGAUCUCUCUGAAGCGACAGGGGGCGCUCCGCUGGCCGUCCGCCCUGUUCCACAGCUUCCUGAUCCUGCUGGGCUUGGCCAACCUAGUGGCUCAGUUCUUCAUGUAGCAGACGCUGUGAGCGAGUCACAGACGUGACGGAGGAAUCUCUGGAUUUACGUGUUUGUGUCGCUCGGAGCGUUGGGAGGUCACAGCUGCCUCCGGCCAAUCAGAGUCUGUGGCUGUGGUUAAAGACUGAAUAUCUCACACUCUAACUGAAGCCCGUUUCUGUAUCAGAGGGAAACAGGACUCCAGUGUCUCGGUUUGAUCAAGUUAUCUUUUUAUCUUCUUCAUGCUGUUUAGCUGCUGGUUUUUCUAUGAGCUAAUCUUCCUCAGAGAUAAUUUCCGUUAUGUUGCGGCUGAUUAUCCCUGAACUGAUCCCAGGCUGCCGACCACACGCUGACACGCUGUGUGGAAACAAACGCUGCUUUCCUUAUCACAUCAGGAACGGGACGUGUUGAGAGUGAAAACACGACCGGGGGAGUUUCUUUUAAACUGUCGUAAUAAAACCUGUUUUUUUAACCGGAGUCAAACUACAUCUGAGAAGAGCUUUGAUUCCACGACACUGAUUUUAAAGAUGCUGUUGUUGAUACGUUUUACAAUAAAAAUGUGACAGCUCAUCACCGUUAAGGACGAAUGCAGAGAAUCAUCAGCACAGACGUGAGCGAUCACGUCUCUGGAGAUAUUCAAACGGUUGGAAACAAGUUUACGAGUUUGAAAUGUGAUGAAAUCUGUGUUUCACAAUCACUGCAGGUUUAAAUGAGUUACUUGGGAUUUUACCAUCGUGUGGAGUUGCGUCACCAGGGAAUUGGGUUACUAACAAUGUUUGUGCGUGUGCAGGACGGACGUGUCAGCUCUUGGUUUUUUUAAAGAAACUUUUGGCACUAGCUUUUUAAUUGUUAUUAUCAGCGUUGAUUGACAUGUUUACAUGAUGCCUGUGUUCCGUGUGUUGUGUGUUAUCAAUGGAAGGGAUCGACAAAGGGAAAAUAAAACCAUAUAAGUCCAGAA